AAGUAGUAACUGAAAUCGAAUUCAUUUUCUUCUCUUCCUUUCUGGGAUUUCGAUUUUUCGUAUUUUUUUUUUGUUCUGUUCGUCAUGGUGAUGAUGAAGAAGCUUUUGUCGAACCGUUUGUUCAAUAUGUCAAAAACGGCGUCGCAAAGUCUCAUGAACUGUCGUACUUCGUCUUCUUCUUCGUUAGCCAUGCGAACUAGGGUUCCUAAAGAUAUAGGAGAAGCCACGAUUGAUCCAGAGCCUGGAGAUUUGACGAUUUCUCAGAGGUUUUUGAAUAAAUUCUCCAUGAAUGGGAUUGAUACGACUUCGAAGAUGUCUAUUGGGGAGAGUCUGAUGGAGAAGCUUAAAGAAAUGGAUAUGAACAAGGAUCGGAUUCGAUUAGACGGACUUUCUCAUCCGAAGGAGGAGACGUUAGGGCUUACUGUGCAAGACGUGAAGAAGUUGCUAAGAGCAGCAGAGAUCGAAGUUAUUAAAACGAAGCUGAUGGAGACAGGAAAAAUCUGGAUUCGUUACUCAGAUUUCUUAGGUGUUUGUAGUGAUUCUUCUUUGGAUCCUUCUCAAGGAGCUUUGAUCGCUAAGAUGCUUGAUGAUUCAGGAAACGUUAUCGUUAUGGGAAACUCUGUUUGUUUAAGACCUCAUCAGUUAACCAAAUCCAUAGAGGGGCUUCUUCCUUUAUCACAAAUCCAUAACCCGAAUGACCCAAGAAGAAAGGAGCUAAAUGAGCUUGAAGCUAUAAAGACGGUCAUUGACCAAAAAGCACAUUCUUUGGUGAGAAGAGAGCUUUGGGCUGGUUUGGGUUACUUGAUCAUCCAAACCGCAGGGUUUAUGAGGCUAACGUUUUGGGACCUGACAUGGGAUGUUAUGGAACCGAUCUGUUUCUAUGUCUCAUCGGUAUAUUUCAUGGCGGGUUACACAUUUUUCCUCAAGACAUCGAGAGAGCCUUCCUUUCAAGGUUUUUACCAAAGCAGGUUUGAGGCUAAACAAAGGAAACUGAUGCAAUCUGAGGAUUUUGAUGUUGGGAGGUAUGAUGAGCUGAAAAAGCUGUUUAAUCCCAAGCCUUCAGGUGCUGUUCCCAAGAUUCUUGGAUCUCUACAGAAUUGAUCAUUGGUGUCUCGUUGUCCUACUAACCUGAGAAAGAUAUAUUGACCCCCAAAAUUGUGUCAAACUAUAAUUUUUGAAUAUUUCAUAAUCUUUCUAGGAAAAUAGGAAAAAGACAAAAAAAAAAAAAAAAAGUUCUAUUAGUGCGGCUUAUGUAAUUUGGAAGAGUAGAUAAAAGAAUCGAUUGUGAUGUAGAUUUAUAAAUUUCAAGUCUGACUUUCUGAAUGUUAAAUGUUACAAUACUUCCAUGCAUAUGCAUAUGAGAUAUCAUUAC